GUAGGUGAAGCCUCUGCAGUAUCUCACAGCUGUGGUCACAGAUGGAUUCUCUCAAUUUCCUUCUGAUUUCAUCCCUAAUUUCUGCAACUACAUCUCUUCAGCAGGAUGUUCAGGCGAAGCUUGGAGCUGACGUCACUCUCCAGUGUCAGAUUACCAAACAGGAAAUAAUCUCAGUGCUGAAGUGGAGCAGAGCUGACCUGAACACAGACGGCUACGUCUACUUCUACAGGAACAAACGCUCCUAUGAAAACUACCAACAUCCAUCUUUUCAUGGCCGAGUAAAGCUGAGGGACCCAGAGAUGAAGGAUGGAGACGUUUCUCUGAUCCUGAAGAACGUCACGUUUAAUGACACUGGGAUGUAUGAGUGUCACGUAGCAGUGAGGAAGUCUGGGAGAAGUAAAAGAGCUCACACUGAGAUCAGUCACUUCAUCAACCUCACAGUCACAGCUGAAACGCAUGAAAACAUUAAACUGGUGAAAACAGGAGAUGAAAACAUGGAGGAGGUGGUAGAAGUGGAGACUAGGACUGAUCAGAUGGUUGUUCCUGCUGUGUCUGCUGCUGCUGCGUCCGCUGUCAUUGUUACUACAGCUGGAUUUGUGGCAAUGUGGAGAUUUAAAAGAAAGAAACAGGAGCCCACGGAGGCAGAUAACCAGCAGCUGGUCUGAAACGUCGAGGAGUUUCUGGUACAGCACGCUAUAAUUGUGUGUGAUAGCAAUCCACAGAGAGGGAGGACAGGUGGGAUCAGUUCUGUGGGCGAUGUGCUCUCUUCUGAGGAGGAGCGGCGUCUGUGUUUCUAGUUCCCGCCUGACCUCUUCAGAAUCAGCUGAUUUUUUUUUUUUUUUGCACCAUAACUUUAGUAUAUUUACCAAAACCGCACAAAGUUUCUUUGUAGUAUUAAUUCACCCUGUUUCUCCAGCAUUUUUCCCCUGAAGUGCAGAAGAUAUCCACGUGAAAUCUUCAGGGCACAAAAACAAAUUUAAAACUGCAACCAAAUCAAUUUUAUACCCACUCAAAGUGACAAAUUCUAACAAUAACAUCUUUAUUUUUUUGUUUGUUUUGGCGUUAUUGUUUCUGUAACUAGAUUCAUGUUGUCAGUAUCAAUAUCAUGGGCUGUGUCAUUGUUCACAGUUACUUGUGUUUCCCAGCAUAACCUGUGAGCAUCUGAGUUUUAUUUUCUGUAUUUUUAUAGUUAUAGUUGGGACUCUUUUUCUUUUUCUUUUUGUUUAAGUUUCUGUGGUUAUUUUACUGUUGCUGUUGUUUCAUGACCACUUCAAGGCACUGAGUUGCUGCUAAGUUUUGCAUCAUUUUGGGGGGUUUUCUGGUCGCUUUCACUCAGACUUCAUGUUCUCAGUUUGAAAGCUUCUUUGUCUUGAGCUUUUCGUACUUUUGAAAUCUAUUUGAGAGGUUGCUGUUUGUAUUUGCAUCAUGGUGUUUUCCCCCAACAUUUUGUUCAGUGUGUUUUGUUUCAUUAUGUCAUUUUUGUUAUUUUCACUUUCCUUUCAUCAUUCUCUCACAGCAUCUAUUUGCCUGUGUGUUUACCUUUGCCCACAGACUCUCGGUGUUCUGGGAAAUUUCCAACAAUGUGAAUACAUUUUUGCUUUUUGUUUACUUC